AAAUGAGGAAAAAAAUAACAGGAAAUGACUCUUCGGAUGUGACGCCACGAAUCACCGCAUUUCGCGACAAAGCAAAAUAAAAUACCUUUAGCUACAAAUGAAACCCCUUCAGUCACAGUGUCCUAACAAAGAAACAUUCAAAGAAUAUUAACACGUGCCGUCUAAGUAACACUUUUAUGUAUAAAUUCUUCCUCCCAUCUUGAGCCGUAUUCAGUACCGCCGCAAGGUGGCAGCGGCGUGACGUCAUGAAUGCAUUCGCUGCCGUAAACCUCAGAAGAACAAAAAGGCGGAAGUUAGCGAGGCUUCUAAGACUAACUGAAGGGCGAAGGCGACGAGGUACCUGAAAGGAAAUGUUGAAAGAGUUGAUAAGGGAGAUACUAAUGGCGGCGGCUGAUGAAAUAUUCGCGCUGUUUGAAAGAACGAUAGCGUCAUACGAGGAGGAACUUUCUCGAGCAAGAGAGGAGACGGAGCGACAACGACAACAACUGGAGGCUAAACAGCUUCCAGCCUCCAAGACUGAAAUUGUGCGACACGUUAAAGACGUCCAGCACAUGAUUGGUCCUCAAGAAGAGUGUCAGCCGCUGGCGGGGAGUUCCACUUGGAAGCAGGAGGAUCCAGAUCCCCCCCAAAUUAAAGAGGAAGACGAGGAACUCUGGAUCCCUCAGGAUGGAGAGCGUCUUCUCGGGCUGGAGGAGGCUGACCUCACCAAGUUGCCACUGACUGUUGUCUCUGUGAAGAUUGAAGAUGACGAUGACGAACCACAAGCAGACAACCUCUUAGCUCCGCUAUCAGAUAGUGACGACACAACGUCACACUCUCCCGAGGAUGAAGACAGGGACGGCACUCAAGAACCUUUGAGCAGCGAUACAGACGAUGAAGAUGCUCAGCAGCUGAUUGGUCGUCAAGAGGAACAUCCUCCUCAGGGGGAGCGCUCCACUUUGAAGCAGGAGGAUUCACAGGCCCCCCACAUUAAGGAGGAAGAGAGGGACCUCUGGAUCACUCAGGAUGGAGCGUGUCUACUAGGGCCGGAUGAGUUUGAUCUCAACGAGUUGCAACUCACUGUUGUUCCUGUGAAGACUGAAGACCAUGAAGACAAACCACCGGAGUCCUCACAGCUUCAUCACAGUCCAGGUGAGGAGGACAGAGGGGCGGAGCCUCCAAGCGGCAGCUCACCACAACACAUGACAACAGAAGCUGAUGGAGACCACUGUGGAGGAUCACAAGCAGACAACCUCUUAGCUCCACUAUCAGAUAGUGAUGACACAACGUCACACUCUCCUGAGGAUGAAGAUGAGAACGACGCCCAAGAACCUUUAAGCAGCGAUACAGACUGGGAAGGUGAUAUGAGAACUCAAACUGACAAAAAACACUCUAAAAAGAAGACCGGCAAAAAAUGUUUUAACUGCUUAGUUUGUGAUAGAAGCUUUUCUCAUAAGGGUAUUUUCAGUCGACACAUGAGAACCCAUACAGGAGAAAAACGUUUUUGUUGUUCAAUUUGUAGUAAACCAUUCUCUCUAAAGUCAAACAUGGUAUCACACAUGAGAAUACAUACAGGAGAAAAACCCUUCAGUUGUUCAAUCUGCGGUGAUACAUUUGUGCAGCGCUCCACUUUGACGUCACACAUGAGAACACACACAGGAGAAAAACCUUUUAGUUGCUCAGUUUGUGGAGACAAGUUUUCUCAAAGGAGCAAUUUGAAUGGACACAAAAGGACACACACGGGAGAAAAACCUUUUAGUUGCGCAUUUUGCGGUAAAAGUUUUUCUUGUAGGAGCAAUAUGAAUGCGCAUAUGAGAACGCACACCGGGGAAAAACCUUUUAGUUGCCCAGCUUGUGGUCAAAUGUUUUCUCGGAAGACAAAAAUGACAGCACAUAUGUUGACACACAAUGGAGAAUAAACAUAUUCCUGUCCAGUUUGUGCUAAAAAAAAAAAAAAAAAAAAAAAAGGGCAAAGAAGUGAAAUGUCACAUGUGAGAUGUCACUUUUAGGAGAUUCCCCUACAAGUUCCUUGUGUGCUGCUACAAACGUUUAUAUCAACUCUGAAGCAAAUAAGAAACAAUCUCAGACAGCCUGAGUGGUUGAGGGCAACAUGGACUGGGGGGGUUUUCCUCGCCUUCCUUCUGUUGGAUUACAGAAGUAUACAUCAACAAUCAUCAACAUGUGUUUGUGUUGUGGCAAUUUGAUAUAAAAGUGAAAUUUCCUGAAAAAGGAAACGUCUUAAAAAUGUAUUAACAUUACUUUUAUUUAAAACAAUUUCAUAAACUUCAGUCUUGCUUUUAAAUGUUUUUAUGUUUGAGGACGCUAUAACAACUACAAAACGUAACUAAAUUACCUGUGCAGCCCGGUCAGAGUUUAUUGUGCACAACCAGCUAAACCAGCAAUGUGGGCUUGCCGAGGGCCUCCGAUUUUCCUUCAUGGCUCUUUUUUUUGGGCUCGCAACACAUUGCAGAAGUAAAAUUAAACCAAAAAUGGCAGGCAUAUAAGGCAUAGUUAAGGCGGCCGAGAAGUGCAAAACACAUUCACAAAAAGAAAACCAAAUUACAACUAGAUGAGGCAGUCAGCAGACACUGUGUGUGAAUGCUGAAAAGCUGAAGCGCAACUGAAAUGCUUUGAAAAGGUAUGAAGAUCAAAAUUUUGAAUGAACACAGGAGUCGUUUGGAAGCUGAAGUUUGACUGCCAUGCUGUGGACAUAUGCUAAAUGUAGAAUGAAAGUAAGAGGUUUGGUGAUUUGAGCUCAACUCUGGAAUUGAACUAAUGAUGUCUGAGUCAGGAACCAAGCACUCUACCAGCUGAGCUAUACAACUGAUUCAGUGACUCAGUAAUGCACCAGCAUGAGCUGGCAUUUAUAUUUUCAAUAUUUAUUUUGUCUUUUCAUAUUCAUUUUCAGUAUGAAAUUACACUAAGUGUGUCAAUAUUUUGAAAAGAAUUGGUAGCACACUUGUGAGCUGAACAUUCUGAUGUUGGAUUUGUUUGAAUUGGUUAGGUUAAUUGGCGACUCUAAAUUGUCCAUAGGUAUGAAUGUGUCUGUAAAUGGUUGUUUGUCUAUAUGUGCCCCGUUUGGUGGGUGGGCCUAUUUGGGGAAAAAAGUCCAGGGCCCUUUUUUGGUCCCAAUCCGUCCCUGCAUACAGUAUGUGUGACAGAUGGGCGCCCUCUACAGGCGUGAUACUCGCGCCCUCUUGCUGCUCAAACUUGAACAAACGUCCACCACGUGAUGUGGAUCAAACCAAAGAAGAAGCGAGGGGGCGUGUGCUGCUGCACCCACUGAUCUGUAUAAUAUACAGUGAAACCUGUCUUAGCGACCACCUUUAUAGAACGGCCACCUGCCUAUAGCAGCCACUGAAAAAUCCCCCGCAGCAAAUUUACAUGUUAUAGACCCUGUGUAUAGCAGUCACCUGUCCAACGCGGCCAGCGGCCACCCAUUUUGUCUCCCUUGGUCAAUAUCUGACCGCAUAUAGCGGCCAAAUUCCCGACUCAAGUAGAAGCUUCAUGCAGGAAAAAGUUUUGUUUUUCAAUCAAUGAAGCCGUCGUGUGUAGACUUUAAUUACUGAGUCCUAGCUCAGUCACAAUCAUUCACAAGAUCCACACAAACUGUCAGUUGUUCCACAUAAAAAGCCGUCUUCUUUUGAGCUUGCUAUUUCCUGGUCAAACAUGUAACUUUAAGAGCAUUUGCACCAAAACAUUACUGCAAAGUAGGCUGGGAACAGGACGUGCUCCCAGCGACGCUACAAUAAAAAAAAAAACAUACGCUAGCAUGCAUGCGGCAACGGGAGCAAAACUGAGUUGGGUUGUACUUAAUUGAGGUAUUUUAGAAUGUACUCACGGUAUUUUUGAUCAAUCUUCUGUAUUCGACACAAACAAAGCCGUCUUCUUUUCCGUUCGCUACUAGUCUGUUAACUUGUCAGUGUUAUUCAGCUCCGAAGCAAAGAAGGAAACUUCUCCUGUUGCUUCUGCCAACUUUAUUUAUUGAACGCGGCCACCAGACAGCAGCUCAGAACACACACACAUCUCUCAGCAUCGUCUCUCCUUCCUGCUUGCCCACAAGGCAAAGGUUAAACAAGCCCCACUACAUAGCUGUCCAGGCAAUACCUGUAACAAGUGACACCAUUUAUUUAUUUAUGAAGAAGGUGUCGGACGUUUCGCUCCUCAUCCGAAGAGCUUCGUCAGCGAACUAAUAAGUGCUGGUAGCCUAGGCCUUAAAUACAGUACGAGUGGGCGGAAUUGGUGUGCCAACACCCUCCUCCUAUUGGUUCCUUACACUAAGUCUGGGCGGAGUAGUGGUAUAAUCCUCUCCUGACAUUAGCACCUCCGAUAAAAGGGAAGUGUCGCUCCCUGAGUUGGGUAUGAACGACUCUGAUACUGGCUCGUUAGCAUCUAUUGUUCUGGCUUGGCCCUGACUUCACCUCAUUUGCAAGACUAAGAGCUGUGGGUUUCGGUCUCAGUAACCUGCUGAACACAGGGUCCAAAUUAAACCUCAAACCACCAUUCCGAUUCAAUGAUGGGUUCUGUUGUUUGACAAAAAUAGCUUCCUUUACUCCCCUUUCAAACCAUCUGUUUUCUUUGGCCAAAAUCUUUACAUUGCUGUCCUCAAAAGAGUGAUUGGUAGCUUUAAGGUGUAGAUGUACUGCUGAUUGAGGCCCACUCGAAUUGUCCCUGCGAUGUUGAUAAAGCCUUUUUUGGAGCAUUUGCUUAGUUUCCCCCAUGUAGUGCUCUUUGCAUUCCUCAUCUUUACAGCGGAAAUGUAAAUUCCCUCGAGUGUUGAAAAUGUUUAAAUCUUGUUAGUGUCACAAUAAAGACAUUCAACACUCUACCAGUAUUAAAGAGUCUUAAGCUCCGCCCACAGACAUUUCAUUUAGACUCCACCCCUCACUUCAUGUUGCUGAAAUGAAAAGCAGAUGAAAGAAGUUGACAAUUAGGAAUCAUUUUGCAUCAGUAGGUAAGUAAACGUUUAAAUAGAUGAACUAAUGAAUUGUGUUGUACCUGGAUGCUUACACAUAAAAAACGUUAGUUUUUGGUGUGAUAUUUAAGACUAAUAAACUGAGGCAGCUCUUUUCACGCAAAGCCUUUGCUAAUGUUAGCUGGUGUUUUUGCUAAGUUACGUAUAUUUUCUAUUUAGUUUUGCUGUGAACUUAAUUGGCACUGCCUGUGCAACAUUUGGUAAUGUAAGUGAACGCUACGUUAUAUCUUCAUUAUACUGUCUUCAUUUUUAAUGAGCUAAUGGCUAACUAGCUAAUUGGCACGAGGAUCCCCCACACGUAGGCCUGCUGGCCCCCAGCAAAGUACUUGAUAUGCUGUACAAGAUACAAGAUAUCAAGGUUGGCAACUGUAAUUGUUACUUUAACUUAAAAAUAAUUGUCAGGCAUGUGUUGGAAGUGAACUACACAUGAUGCAUCUUUUAUUUUUCUUCUUGAUUCACAGCAAACCUUACCUUGAGUCUUACAUGAAUGUGGUAAGUAAUAUCUUUUUUUUUUUAUCAAGGCAUAAGCCCUGCAACUGUUGCUUUUCCAUAUCUUAUUUUUAGUAGGAUUUUUUAAUAUUUUAUUUAUUCUUAUUCUC